AUGAAUUCUCUCCCAAAUACACUCCACUUUCAUCACUUCUCCUUCACUCACCGCCAUUCUCCAUUUUCAAGACCUUUCUCAACACUCUCAUUCCCAUCUCUACCUUUACACCAAUUCUCUUCUCCCCCCUUAUUAUUACCAUCCAUCAAAGCCUCAUCCUCCUCUUCCUCCCCCUCACCAAAACCCCAAAACCCUUUUUCACAAUUACUCAAAACCCUAAACCCCUUUUACUCACCUCUCUUCGAACCCGCUUACGUCGCAGUAGCACUUCUCGCAUUCUUCUUGUUUCGCACUCAACAAAAUCCUGCCACCGUAACAUCAUCACUUCCGCCUCCUCCAGCCCAAUCUUCCACCGCCACAUUACCACUUCCACCUCCUCUAGAAGAACCUUCAACUGCCACUGCCACAGCCACAGCCACAACUGUCGAGAAUUUAUCCGAAAAUAAUCAUCUAAUCGAUGACAUCCUGAUUGAAACUUGUAGCGAUGUAAAAGCUCUCCGCUCACUCGCGGAGGAGAAAGUGAAAGCGAAACGACUUGGGGAAGCGAUUCGCGUUGUUGACCGAUUAAUUCAACUCCAACCGGAGGAAUUUGGUUUACAGUUACUGAAAGCACAUUUGCAUAGUUACAACGGGGAACACGAAUUGGCUAAGAGCGGGUUUGAACUUACUUUGGAUCGUGAUCCGUUGAAUUCCGAGGCUUAUCGUGGUCUUUUGAUGGCGAGUUUGGAAUUGAAGGAGCCGUUGGAGGGUUUUUUGAAUAGGGUUGAUGAAGUAGUGAGCUUUUUCCAGGAGGAAAAGAUGGAGUCCGAAGCGAGGGAGUUUAAGCUUUUGAUUGCGCAGGUGAAAGUGAUGCAAGAGGAUUAUUCUGCUGCGUUGAAGGUGUAUGAGGAGAUUGUGAAGGAAGAACCGAGUGAUUUUAGACCUUAUUUGUGUCGGGGUGUUGUGUAUACUUUGCUUAGGAAGAAUGAUGAAGCUGAGAAACAGUUUGAGGAGUAUAGGAAACUUGUUCCAGAGAAUCAUCCCUAUAAAGAGAUUUUUGAGGAUAACACUCAGAUUUUGUCCAAGAAGCUUGAGAAAGGAGGAAUAGAAGCAAAGGUUUCAGAAUGA